AUGCUGAGUCUACUCUUCUUCUUCUUCUUCUCUCUUGGACUCCUCCUUCUUCUUGGUCUUCUCUUCAAAUUCGCACAUGCCGACGGGGAUUUAACUCUGAUUUCAAAGAAGCAUGUGAAGCAAGAAGCCAUAGAAGGAAAGGUGGUCUGGAUCAUAGGGGCUAACCGUGGGAUUGGGAAGGCUCUUGCUAAACAAUUUGCAAGUUUAGGUGCCAAGCUUAUUCUUUCUGAUAGUAAUGAAGCUGAGCUGGUUCGUCUUAAGAGUGAGCUCAAAGGUAAAUAUGCACCAGAACAUGUCAAGGUUUUGCGUUUUGAUUUAGGCAGCUACGAAGCGUUGCUCAAACGUGUUGUAGCGGAAGCAGUGUCUCUUUUCCCUGGGGAUGGUGUUGAUUAUUUGAUCCACAACGUUGCCUAUGAGCUUCCGAAAUUAAACGCAGUGGAUGCGAGUGAGGAAAAUAUUAAGACUGUAUUCAAGGUUAAUGUAUUUGAGACAAUAUCUCUCACAAAGUUGGUAGUUCCUCAUAUGCUGAAACGAGGAGGCGGUCAUUUUGUUGUGAUUAGCAGUGCCGCAGGGAAGGUACCAUCACCUGGACAGGCUAUAUAUGCUGCUUCAAAACAUGCUCUGCAUGGCUACUUCCACACCUUACGUUCUGAGUUCUUUCAGAAGGGAAUCAAGGUUACUGUUGUUUGUCCCGGUCCAAUUGAAACCUCAAAGGGUACAGGAACAUCAACUUCGAAAGACAAGAAGUUUCCUGAGGUUGGUUAA